AUGUCAUGUUUUUCGUGUGGUUUUGGGAGCGUUUGCUUGGAACAACUUUUUGCACAUUUGGAUCUGUUUCGACAGAAUUGUCUAUCGAAGGGGAGCCAUUUGGCAGAGCAGUUCUUGGCAAGACGUGAAUUGCAAACAGCGUUCGAUAAUGCGAGGAAAUCUGAUAAGGUGUCAUCACUACGGCUUCGCUUCAGUGAGUUGUUCGCUGUGAUGGAAAUUCUCAGUGACGAUGGCGCACACAAUCAACGAAGUUCACGGCGAAAAACGAACAAGAAAGCGGCUGAUGCGAGUGAUGAUGAAACGAAAGCGAAGCGAAAACGUCAAAAAUUGGUUCUGCUUGAUUCGGAUAGUGAGUAA